AACAAAUACCUUACAGAAUGCAAACCGUGGACCAAAUAAAAAAUCCUCUGUCAGUAAAGAUAAAAAAUGAGUUUUCUCGCGGGAAGAUUAGCCGGAAAAGAAGCAGCCUACUUUUUCCAGGAAACCAAACAUGCCGUUAAUCGCCUCGCCGAAAAAUCCACCACCAAGACCGCCAACCACGCCAAGAACCUACCGUCCUCUCCUGUUCCAAGUGAUCUCGAAUCCCAAGCAGAUGUGCUACCGGAGAUAAUGAGGCAUUCCCUUCCUUCUUACAUUUACAGCAAGCCGUCCGAUUCAUCGUCUUCUCUUUCUGCAGCCUCCAAGUGGGCCCUACACUCCGAUCCUAAUAAGGUCGCUACUGUAUCCUCUAAUGCAUUGAAUCCUCUUAGAGCUUAUUUGUCUUUGCCGCAGGUCACUUUUGGUCCCAAAAGAUGGGAAUUGCCGAGUCAAGAGAGCUCGGUUAUGGCGUCUACGGCGAAUGAAAUGAGAAAAGACAGGUAUACCCCUGUCAAUCCAGAGAAGUUGAAGGCUGCUGCUGAAGGACUUGCUAAUGUUGGAAAGGCUUUUAUAGUUGCUACUGUAUUAGUGUUUGGUGGAGCCACUCUAAUGUUCAGCUUGGCAGUCUCCAAGCUACAGCUGCAUCAUACUGAUGAAAUUAGAAGUAAAGGGAAAGACCUCGUUCAGCCAAAACUUGAGAUGAUUAGAGAGCAAUUGGUGCCUUUAAAGACAUGGGCUGAAGAAUCAUCAAAGAAAUGGCAGAUAAAUAGAGAGAAUGAGAUUAAAGAGAAGCCUAUCAUCAAAGAACUUUCUAAAUAUUUUGGUCCUAAGACAUCCAAUUGAAAUUGAUUUGCAUGUAACUUGUAAUCCAAUUAGAUGGUUUUCUGUUUGUAGAUAAUGUUAUUGUGUUGAAUCUGUUGAUGAAUGUGAUUGAAAAAGGACAAGGCUCAAAGAUGUUGUAUGAAUAUAAUGGACCUGAUUCUCAGGAUAUUAUUUUCUGUGAUAUAAGUGGAGAGUUAAUAUUAAUUUUCAUAUAGUAA